AUGACGCUCCCAUGGCAGGCGCUGGCGACCCUCUGGGACACGAUUCGGCACUUUCUCUCCCACGUCUUUGCGCGGGCGGUCUUCUGGAAGACUUCUCUCUACGGGCAAAUCCGCUUCCAGCUCCUCGCCGUCAAGGACGAGCUGAUCGAAAACCAAAACAUCGUUUUCGCGCUGCUCGGCUCCACUGUCGUCGUCCUUAUCCUCGCGAAAGUCAUCCUCUGGUGGCUCGGCCUCGACGGAGAUGAACCUUCCGACUCGCCCGCUGGCAAGCUCCGGCGCUCUGCCCAGGCUGUGACGCCGGAGAAAGCCGCGCAAGCGGUUACGGAGACCGCAGAGGCGGCACCCAAGGCGUCGCCUGCGCCUUCUUCGUCCUCCCCUCGAGUCUUUCCCGCCGUCGCCGUCAAGCAAGAAGCCUUUCCGGAGCAGCUGCUGCUGCCGCCCAGUCAGCGCAGACUGCUGCACCGCGCAGGCCUCGCGGCGCGCGCGAGCGGCGCUGGCAGCGAGGGAGGCGAAGCGAGCUCUUCACGCGCGCGCGGGCGAUCGCGAACGAGCCACGAAGAAGCAGCCGCGGAGAGUCCUCAAGUGAGACUGCGGGAGGCGUCCGUGCGGAAAUCCCGAAAGAAGCCUCGCGAAGAGUCUGAGAAGCCGCUCAAGGCCAAGGCCGGCAGGCUUGCAGUCCGCGCCCUGAGCUCCUCCAGAGCCGGCAGCAAAGUCUCGAAGAAGAAGGACGCAGUGGAGGCACGCGUCACGCGAACCAGGUCCGGACGAGUGAGCAAGCCCACGCCUCUCUUCUCGGGAAUUAUCACUUGGGAAGGGAAUCGCCCUGUGAUUGACCUGACGCAAGAGUGA